AGCAUUUUAGCACAAGGCAGCAGAUCUAUGCCAGACAACAUUCACAAACCAUGGCGCAUUUAGAAAGAUAUGGACCAGCAGAUACAAGCCCUUCAUUGCAAGGACCCAAAGAUGUUAAUUCAAGAUACCCAUAUUAUCUUUCAACUCAAGACCCAUCUAUGAUGAACACUAAUAGGCAAAAUCUCUCAAAAUCGUACUCACAAGAACAAGGAAAAUAUGUUUGUGAAAUCUGUGAUAAGCGUAUGGUCCAACAACAGCAUUAUAAAUACCACAUGAGGAUGCAUACUGGCGAGAAGCCAUUUAAAUGUGAAUUAUGCUUAAAAGCAUUCAGAAAUUCAAGUGGCUUUAAUCUGAGGCAGAACUACACCUUGUCUGGUGCCAUAUCACAUCCACAAACCAUGACACAUUCAGAAACAGGAUAUGGAUCAGUAGAUACAAGCCCUUCAUUGCAAAGACCCCAAAAUGUCCAUUCUCGAGACCCACACUAUAUUUCAACUCAAGAGCCCUCCUCAAUGAACACUAAUAGGCAAAAUCUCUCAAAAUCUUACUCGCAAGAACAAGGGAAAUAUGUGUGUGAGAUCUGUGAUAAGCGUAUGAUUCAACAACAACAUUAUAAAUACCACAUGAGGAUGCAUACUGGCGAGAAGCCCUUUAAAUGUGAAUUGUGCUUGAAAGCAUUCAGAAAUUCAAGCAAUUUGAACAAGCAUAAGAGACAAAAACAUAUGAUAUAGAAUUAUAGAUAGCUGAAGUGACUAAAGACUGAAAUAUAAAUAUGUAGAAUUUAUUCAAUGUGUUCCUGUGUCAAAUAUGAAAUAUAGGCUUUUUAAAUGGAUACAAAAAAAAUUAUUUAAAAUAUUAUAAAGUAAAUGUGAUGAGAGUUGAGAGAGCCCAAGAAAUUAAUAGCUAACAAAUGAGGACCAAAACACAUGUUAUUUUAAAAUUUGGCGAAUUUAUGUACUUGGCAACAUGUUCAAAACCCAUACCACCAGUCCUAUCUUGAAUACAUUCUGGGAUUCAUUCAGCGAUUUAUUUAGCAUAUAUGUUUAUGUGUAAGAUAGAUAUUCUUAUAAAUACUCUGUUUAUUCUUCCCCCAACCUUAACCAAUGAUCAUA